GUACAUGUGUUUAUGCAACUAAUUACACACUGUAAUGUUUUUUUUGUUUUUCUUUGAUUAUUUCCCUGCCCUCCCAACUGGAGUGAGUCAGAUGAUGGGAAGCAGAGGAAGAGGAAGAAAAACAGCGUCGGAGGAGGAGGAGGAACAACGUCAAAGGCGCAGCGUCCUGCUUCUCCACCCACCAGCGACGCCACAUUAAGUGAGAACCAGUCCAGACCUGGGAUGCUUCACCAGGACCAACAUCUGGCCUACGGAGGUCAAGGCAACAACAAUCGCUCCUCCUCGUUGCCAAACAGGAAGUACGACCAGGACGGCAACUUCAACUUCCUGUCCGACAAAGACGACCUAUCAGGAACAGGCGAUGAGAAUCAGAACCGCCAGCGUCCUUGCAAACUGGGUCCUCUGGGCCCCGACCCCGCCCACUCGUCCUCCCACAGAAACUCUGGGGUCCUGUCGCCUCGUUCCCGCCUGCCCUGCUGGAGCACGCUGGACCCCCUGCCGGAAAUCGAACACGGGGACGACGGGUCCGGCCGCGUGCCGCCCGAUGGUGCGGAGGAAAGGAGGCUGGAGGAGGAGGAGGAGGAGGAGGGUCAUCAGCGGGAGAAAAUGGAAGUUGUCAGGAAGAGGAGCAGCAUCCCGAGCAGGCAGGAGAUGGAGGAGAUGAUGAUGCUUGAGAAGGACGAGGAGUGGGGGGACAGCGAGUCUGACUCGGACUCUGGCGGCAGCAUGUCCUCCCUCACCAUGGAGACCAGGGCCGACUGGAUGUCCUCAGGAGGAUGGGACCGCAUGGGAGUCGGGGAGCCCAGACUGAGCCAGCAGGACUUGGACUCCAGGAGGGGCAGCUCCAGAGAAGCCUCAUCCUCCUCCUCCUCAUCCUCCGCCGCCGCCGCCGCACGCCGACGAAGCCUGGGCCGCAAGUCCUUGUCCAUGUCCAGGAGCAACCUGGAAGACCUCCUGGAGGAAGGGGCGGAGGAUCCGCGCCGCCAGUCCACCGACUCGGACAACGGCGAGGCCCCCGAGCUCCUGGACGCCGUGUGGACGCUGCGGGACCGCGAGAGGUUCAAGGCGCAGGAGAUGGAGAAACACCAGGUGCAGCUGACCAUGUACCGCCGCCUGGCGCUGAUCCGCUGGGUCCGCACCCUGCAGGGCCGCGUCCAGGAGCAGCAGAACCGGCUGCAGUCCAGCUUCGACGUCAUCCUCACCAACAGGAAGGAGCUGCUGCGCAUGGGCGCCGCCGUCAUCAACGCCGCGCCCGCCGCUGCUGUGGGACAAUCGUAGGACCCACGGAACAUUCCUGUCCACUAGGCGGCGCUGUAACCCUUAGACGUAAGACCACUCAUAGCCAAUCAGAAGACUUGAAAGCAGCGUCACUCAUGGAACUACAGAACCAACGUCCACUGCUGUGGACAUUUGUCUUUUGUUUUUCAGUGGAUGUUUGUCUUUUGUUCAUUUUUUCAAAAUGUACAACUGAAACAAAAAAUAGACCAAAACACUAACGUCCACUGCAGUGGACAUUUGUCUUUUGUUUUUUAGUGGACAUUUGUCUUUUGUUUUUUUUUCAAAAUGUACAACUGAAACAAAAAUACACCAAAACACCAACGUCCACUGCAGUGGACAUUUGUCUUUUUUUUUUUUCUUUCCAAAAUGUACAACUGUAGCAGAAUAUAGACCUAAACACCAAUGUCCACUGCAGUGGACAUUUGUCUUUUGCAUAUGAGUGCUUUUUUUUUUUUUUUUUAAAUGUACAACCAACAAAAAAUAGAUCGAAAAAAACAAUGUCCACUGCAGUGGACAUUUGUCUUUUGCUUUUUUUCAAAAUGUACAACUGUUACAAAAAAUAGUACAAAAAAACAACGUCCACUGCAGUGGACAUUUGUCUUUUGAAUAAGAGUGCUUUAAAAAAAAAAAAAAAGUACAACUGUAACAAAAAAUUUACCAAAAACCAACGUCCACUGCAGUGGACAUUUGUCUUUUUUUUUUUUUUUUCUAAAUGUACAACUGUAGCAGAAAAUAGACCUAAACACCAAUGUCCACUACGUCCACUGCGAAAGACGAAUGUCCACUGCAGUGGACAGUUGUCUUUCGCAUAAGAGUGGUGUUGUUUUUUUUCAAAAUGUACACCUGUAACAAAAAAUUGACCCGAAAAACUAUGUAGAUUACAGUGGACAUUUGUCUUUUGCAUAAGGGUUUAUAUAUAUAUAUAUAUAUAUAUAUAUUAUUUUUUUUUCAAAUUGUACAACUGUGACAAAAAAUAGACAGAAAAACCAAAGUCCACUGUCUUUUUCUUUUUUUUCUUUUCUUCAAAAUGUACAACUGUAACAAAAUACCACCGUCCACUGUAGUGGACGUUUGUCUUUUGCAUCACAAUGCUUUUGUUCAAAAUGUGCACUUGUAACACUCUUUUGUCCACUGCAGUGGAUGUUUGUUUUUUUGGUCUAUUUUUUUGUUACAGUUGUUCAUUUUGAAAAAUAAUGUCCACUGCAGUGGACAUUUUUGUAUUUUUUUUUUAACAUUUAAAACUGUACCAAAAAAUAGACCCAAAAACCAUGUCCACUACAGUAGAAAUUGGUCUUUUGUGAAAAGUGUUUUGUUUUUUGUUUUUUUCCCAAAGUGUACAACUGUUACAAAAAAUAGACCAAAAAACAAACGUCCACUGCAGUGCACAAAAGAGUGGAGGGAACUUAGAUGUUGAGUUCCAGUUGCAGCAACAGCAUAUAUAAUAAGUGUAGAGUACAGUGGAGAUCAUGGCUCCACCAGACUCUUCUAUCUAUACUCACCUAAGAGCCGGCGUCCACUGGAGUGGACGUUUGUGUUUUGCAUAAAAGGGCUUUCUUUUGUGUGACAAAAUCAAACGUCCACCAGAGUGGACAAACGUUGAAGUGGCUAGCACAUAUAUGAUCCCCUGUCCUUGCAGCGAUGUACAGUAGGUUCCAGUAGCAGCAACACCAUAUAUAGCAUGCACACUAUUUUGCUAUGUAUAUUCUCUUAAAAGCCAGCGUCCACUGCAGUGGACAUCUGUGUUUGUCUAAAAUGUGGACUUUCGACCAGGACCAAACGUCCACUGCAGUGGACACGGGGAUAAGGACGAUAUCACACUAUGAAGGCGCAACAAGCAUGUAGUACAUGUCCAAGGUUCUGUUGUUAUAGAAUUUGUUACACUCCAUUAUUUAUUAUUGAAACACGACUUGAUUUAAAGUCACAGUACGACUUUAAAAAAGUAUGUGAAAGUUUUUUCUUUGUCUCAAAAAACAUUUUAGAUUAGAGGGAAUUUAAUUGAAGCUCUCCGCUUUGUAGAUUUUGGGUAAAAAAUAAAUUUUCCGGUGGAUUGUAAUAGAAGAUACUUGCCAACCGUCCCGAUUUUUCCUGGAGACUCAGGAAUUUUAGUGCCCAUUUCUGCCGAUUUCCACCCGGACAACAAUAUUGGGGGCGUGCCUUAAAGGGACUGCCUUCAGCGUCCUCUGCAACCUGCCGUCACGUCUGCUUUUUGUCCACAGUAACAGCGUGUCUGCCCAGUCACAUAAUAUAUGCCGCUUUUACACAUACACAUAAGCGAAUGCAAUGCAUACUUGGUCGACAGCCAUACAGGUCACACUGAGGGUGGCCGUAUAAACAACUUUAACACUGUUACAAAUAUGCGCCACACUGUGAACCCACACCAAACAAAAAUGACAAACACAUUUCGGGAGAACAUCCGCACCGUAACACAACAGAACAAAUAACCAGAAAUUUCCAAAACAGAAAGUGCAAGAUUGUCGGAGACAUUUUAAAACAAGCUAUUAGUGCACUUUUGUGCAUGAUGUCACUAAGAUGACAUAUCAAAACUACGGAUGUCCGAUAAUAUCGGUCUGCCGAUAUUAUUGGCCGAUAAAUGCUUUAAAAUGUAACAUCGGAAAUUAUUAGUUUUAGUAAAAUUUGCGACUCUUUUAAACGCGGCUGUGUACACGGAGGCAGGGAGAGGUACAGAACACUAAUCAUUAAAGGCACUGUCUUUCCGUACCGGCAAAGUCACACAUUAUUUACAGCUUUUCAUGCACACGAGUGAAUACAAGGCAUACUUGGUCAGCUACCAUACAUGUCACACUGAGGAUGGCCGUAUAAACAACUUUAACACUGUUACAAAUAUGCGCCACACUGUGAACCCACACCAAACAAGAAUGACAAACACAUUUCGGGAGAUCUUCCGCACCGUAACACAACAGAACAAAUAACCAGAAAUUUCCAAAACAGAAAGUGCAAGAUUGUCGGAGACAUUUUAAAACAAGCUAAUAGUGCACUUUUGUGCAUGAUGUCACCAAGAUGACGUAUCAAAACAAGGGAUGUCCGAUAAUAUCGGUCUGCUGAUAUUAUCGGACGAUAAAUGCUUUAAAAUGUAAUAUCGGAAAUUAUCGGUAUCAGUUUCAAUUGGUAAAAUUUGUGACUAUUUUAAAGGCGGCUGUGUACACGGAGGCAGGGAGAGGUACAGAACACCACUGAUCAUUAAAGGCACUGUCUUUCCGUACCGGCCAAGUCACACAAUAUUUACAGCUUCUCAUGCACACGAGUGAAUGCAAUGCAUACUUGGUCAACAGCCAUACAGGUCACACUGAGGGUGGCCGUAUAAAAAACUUUAACACUGUUACAAAUAUGCACCACACUGUGAACCCACACCAAACAGGAAUGACAAACACAUUUCGGGAGAUCUUCUGCAUUGUAACACAACAUAAACACAACAGAACAAAUACCCAGAAUCCCUUGCAGCACUAAAUCUUCCGGGACGCUACCAACAACCCCCCCCCAGACCUCCUGAAUUCGGAGGUCUCAAGGUUGGCAAGUAUGCAAUAGAAGAAAGAAACCGACACCUUCAUGUCGCUUCCCAACCUACACAGUGAAGUUUUACAAGCCUUCUGCUUAGUAAGAUCAAAGACAGCUUUUGUCCUCUCGCCAGGACCUCAUGGCAACACAAAAGUUUUGCGAUAACUUAGCUGUAUCGUCCACUUUUUCAGCCAUUAAAAAAACUAACUAAUAGAAGUUGGAGAAAAAAAAAAGUUUUUCCUUUUAAAUGCACUUGGGGGGGAAAAACCUUGCUAAAAUGGAAGUUUGCUAACAUUAAGUCACACUAAAACCGAAGCAUUUUUUUUUUAAAUACUUGGUUUGCUUGGAAUUUAGGACCAUCCGAGGUCCUUUUGUGUAACCUUUUUUGGACAUUUUAACAACAUGCAAUCAUUUAUUUAUUUUUUGUCGACGUUGUCAAAACCAUCCGCUGUAUGUAGAGACCAAGCUGUAGAAAUCAAUAAUAAGUCGAUCAAUAAAUAUCUCAUUAAGUG